AUGUUUGUGUUCUUUAGGAAGUGCAUUGCAAUGGGCCUGCCGGAUCUAACGGAGGUGCGUCUGGAGCGCGACGUGGUGCAGGCUCGCAUGUCGGAGCAGGCGCUGCGCGUGUCGUCGCUGUCGGCGCAGCUCGCGCGCCAGCGCCACGCCGCGGACGCACUCGCGCACGCUGCCGCCAGCGACCUCGGCGUGCAGCUGCAUGACGCCACCGCGGAGGUACAAAGGUUAAAAGAAGAAUUGGAAUCAAAAGACAAACAGUUGGCGAGGCUGAAACAGAACUUGGAAGAGAAGAGCAAAUCGGAGGAACUGCAACUUGAUGCUCAUGGUGAUGCAAGUCGUGUGGAGGAGAAAGUGAAGGUUGUUGAGCGGUCGCUUAUCAGCGCUCAGCAGCGCUGUGCACAGCUGCAGACGCAGUUGGAGGCGCUCGCCGCGGACAACAAGCAGCUACGCGCCGCGCUGCAGCAGCGCGACCGACAGCUGCAAGACCUCAUGGCUCUCAAACUAGAAGACGAUGAUCAAAACCAAAAAAGCGAGCCUGCAGAUGGAAAAGUAUCGGGCAGGACUCUUAGCGAUAUUGUCUCAAUCUCUGAGUUCGACGAACAAGACCUUCAAAUGCGCCGCGCUGAAUUAAAAGGACAAAACAUUAGCUUGGCCGGUGCACCGUAUGUAACAGCAACCAGAGAUAAGAGCCAACUGAACAGGACGUUGCCGCUGGACUUGCAGCGACCUAAUAUGAGUUUGUUAAACCUCGACUCUGGGGAACAUUUCGACGCUCCGAAUUUUACACCACGCGCCGAUUCUCUUCCGAUACACUUAACAUCCACACAAAAUAGAGAAGGUGAAUACAAAAGAAAUACUAACGAAACCACAGUGUUUGGAAAGGCAGAAAGAUUUGCAGAUAAUGAAAGACACUCUCCUCAAAACAUACCGGAUAACUGCUCGCUCUAUCCCAACAGAGAUAUCAGUGACAGUAAAAAUGUAAGUGUAGAACCGAAAAAGAUUAAUUUCUCAUUAGAAGCCUCAGAUAACAAAACGCAAGAUGAAGAUUUCACGUCACUCAGAGAACUGGGGAUAUCUUUGGAUGUGAAGCAAGAGAAUUUUCCAGAUAUAUUGGCUCAAUUGAAACAUGAGCUUAAAAAGACCAGAAACGAACUUGAAAGUUGUAAGUCGGAAUUGAAGAACGCCGAAGAACAACUAUGCGAGUUUCCAGCACUAAAGGAAGAAGUGGAAGAGUUGAAAGGUCUUUUAGAGAAUACGAUGGCCACCAUGGAGAAUGAUAAGAAAUUUUAUGAGAAUCAACUAGAAAAUUUCUCAUCAAACAAAAAAUUAUUAGAACAGAGACUAGCAGAAAUGACUCAAGAAAUUAGUAACAAAACUAAAGACUUACAUUUGCUCAAGGAAGAUAUACUCCGAAGGGAGAAUAUGAUUUUGGAAUUAGCUAAAGAGAAACGCAACUUGACUAACAGAUUGACUGAGUUGGAAGUUAAAAUUGACGAGCUACAAAGCAGAAAUGAGACACUAGAAAAGUUUGAAACAGAGACUCAUCAAUUGAAAGAAAAAAUCAAAGAGCUGCAGAAAUUAGAGCAGUUAGUGACUGAGAAGAAUCAACAGAUUGAUAGCCUGAACCAACAUUUGGACAGAUUAGACGACUUACAGAGAUGUCUUAAUGAUAAGACCGAAGAGUAUGAUAAUUUAAAAGAAGCAUUUCAUGAAAAGUCAAAUGAACUUUACCAAUUGCAAGGAACAGUCGAUGCUUUAAAUCGUGAUAUGAAUAGAAUCAGCGAAGAAAACAACGAACUUAAGAGUUAUAACAAGGAACUUAAUCUGAAAUUAUCCAAACUGGAGAAAGAACAAGAAAAUGCAUCUCUAAGAUUGCAAAACAGUGAAAAUGAACUUGAAAGGGUGAACUCUAUGAACAGAGAAUUAACGUCGAAAAUUGAAGAACUGAAAACUUUAAAUGAAAAAUUGAAAGACAAAGAAACAGAAAUUGAAAUUCUUAAUGAGGACAUAAAUUCCUAUCACAAUGAGAUUGCUUCUCUGAAAGAGCAGUUGCAAAUGGUUUCAAGAAGUCCAUCUCCAAGAAGCAAAAACGGAGAGGACAGGAAAACGCCGGACCGUCAAGCGAGUAAUGACAGAAAACAGUUGGCGAAGAUUAGAAAGCAGAUUUCUUUGCUUCAACACGAGUUAGAUUUUAACAAGAAAGAGCUAAAUGAUAAGGCCUUCGAAUUAGCAAAAGCUAAAUUAGACGUGACUGAGCUGAGGAAUAAUGCUAGCCAAGCAGCCAAGCAAGUAUCAGACAAAGAGGUUGUAAAUAAGGAACUGAUGAAGCAAACUGAAGCGCUCAAGCAAGAGAUACGGCAGUUAGUAGAAGAGAAGCAACAGUUAAGUGAACAGUUGGACAAUGUUGUUGCCAGAUUGAGAGAAGAAUCAAAUGUGAGUGAAAUAAAGGCGAAAUUGCGCGAGAAAGCCGAAAGUUGCCACGAAUUAGAAAUGCAACUUCAUGAAAUGAGGGACAUGGUUGACCGGCGGGAAGCUGCACGCUCGCCCACCGCGGAGCUGGAGCGCGCUCUGCGCGAUCAGCUGCACUACUCGCACGCGCUCGACGACCACAUUAUGGACCAGGUACACGCACUGCAAUCUUCAGCUCUGUCUCAAUGUGCAGCUGGAGAGCGCUCUGCGCGGCCAGCUGCACUACUCGCACGCGCUCGACGACCACAUUAUGGACCAGGUACACGCACUGCGAUCUUCAGCUCUGUCUCAAUGUGCAGCUGGAGAGCGCUCUGCGCGGCCAGCUGCACUACUCGCACGCGCUCGACGACCACAUUAUGGACCAGGUACACGCACUGCAAUCUUCAGCUCUGUCUCAAUGUGCAGCUGGAGAGCGCUCUGCGCGGCCAGCUGCACUACUCGCACGCGCUCGACGACCACAUUAUGGACCAGCUGGAGAGCGCUCUGCGCGGCCAGCUGCACUACUCGCACGCGCUCGACGACCACAUUAUGGACCAGCUGGAGAGCGCUCUGCGCGGCCAGCUGCACUACUCGCACGCGCUCGACGACCACAUUAUGGACCAGCUGGAGAGCGCUCUGCGCGGCCAGCUGCACUACUCGCACGCGCUCGACGACCACAUUGUGGACCAGGUACACGCACUGCAAUCUUCAGCUCUGACUCAAUGUGCAGCUGGAGAGCGCUCUGCGCGGCCAGCUGCACUACUCGCACGCGCUCGACGACCACAUUAUGGACCAGGUACACGCACUGCAAUCUUCAGCUCUGACUCAAUGUGCAGCUGGAGAGCGCUCUGCGCGGCCAGCUGCACUACUCGCACGCGCUCGACGACCACAUUAUGGACCAGGUACACGCACUGCAAUCUUCAGCUCUGUCUCAAUGUGCAGCUGGAGAGCGCUCUGCGCGGCCAGCUGCACUACUCGCACGCGCUCGACGACCACAUUGUGGACCAGGUACACGCACUGCAAUCUUCAGCUCUGUCUCAAUGUGCAGCUGGAGAGCGCUCUGCGCGGCCAGCUGCACUACUCGCACGCGCUCGACGACCACAUUGUGGACCAGGUACACGCACUGCAAUCUUCAGCUCUGUCUCAAUGUGCAGCUGGAGAGCGCUCUGCGCGGCCAGCUGCACUACUCGCACGCGCUCGACGACCACAUUAUGGACCAGGUACACGCACUGCAAUCUUCAGCUCUGUCUCAAUGUGCAGCUGGAGCGCGCUCUGCGCGGCCAGCUGCACUACUCGCACGCGCUCGACGACCACAUUGUGGACCAGCUGGAGAGCGCUCUGCGCGGCCAGCUGCACUACUCGCACGCGCUCGACGACCACAUUAUGGACCAGCUGGAGAGCGCUCUGCGCGGCCAGCUGCACUACUCGCACGCGCUCGACGACCACAUUAUGGACCAGCUGGAGAGCGCUCUGCGCGGCCAGCUGCACUACUCGCACGCGCUCGACGACCACAUUAUGGACCAGCUGGAGAGCGCUCUGCGCGGCCAGCUGCACUACUCGCACGCGCUCGACGACCACAUUAUGGACCAGGUACACGCACUGCAAUCUUCAGCUCUGACUCAAUGUGCAGCUGGAGAGCGCUCUGCGCGGCCAGCUGCACUACUCGCACGCGCUCGACGACCACAUUAUGGACCAGGUACACGCACUGCAAUCUUCAGUUCUGACUCAAUGUGCAGCUGGAGAGCGCUCUGCGCGGCCAGCUGCACUACUCGCACGCGCUCGACGACCACAUUAUGGACCAGGUACACGCACUGCAAUCUUCAGCUCUGUCUCAAUGUGCAGCUGGAGAGCGCUCUGCGCGGCCAGCUGCACUACUCGCACGCGCUCGACGACCACAUUAUGGACCAGGUACACGCACUGCAAUCUUCAGUUCUGACUCAAUGUGCAGCUGGAGAGCGCUCUGCGCGGCCAGCUGCACUACUCGCACGCGCUCGACGACCACAUUAUGGACCAGGUACACGCACUGCAAUCUUCAGUUCUGACUCAAUGUGCAGCUGGAGAGCGCUCUGCGCGGCCAGCUGCACUACUCGCACGCGCUCGACGACCACAUUAUGGACCAGGUACACGCACUGCAAUCUUCAGCUCUGUCUCAAUGUGCAGCUGGAGAGCGCUCUGCGCGGCCAGCUGCACUACUCGCACGCGCUCGACGACCACAUUAUGGACCAGCUGGAGAGCGCUCUGCGCGGCCAGCUGCACUACUCGCACGCGCUCGACGACCACAUUAUGGACCAGCUGGAGCGCGCUCUGCGCGGCCAGCUGCACUACCCGCACGCGCUCGACGACCACAUUAUAGACCAGAUACUAUCAGCAAGCAGCGACGAACGGGAAGAUAUACCGCGUCUCGCUUUGAACACUUCUAAGUCGUCGAGCUCUAUCCACUCGACGUCUUCAGAUCGGGUUGGUCGUUUGCGAGCUGAGAAUGAGAAGUUGCGGAUGCAGGUCGAAAAUCUUGAGUCCAGGCUUAAGGACAAAGACGCUUUAAUAACGGAGUUGAAUCGGAUUAGAGACAAGCUAGUCCAAGACUGGCAAACGGUCAGGCUACGAUACGAAGCUGAGCGUGACAAUUCGGGAAGACUGCAGUUGUUACUGGAUUCCCAGAAGGAGACAUCCGAAAGCUUGCAGAAUCAGGACUCGAACAUGAUCCAGAUUCUGAAGAAGCGCCUAGAGAGCGCUAUGCAGUCCGAACUUGAACUGCAGGAACGUGAACAAAGGCUGAGGAGACGCGUUGCAGAGUUGGAAAGCGCUUUACCUGUAAACGGUGCUCGAGAAGUCUUAAGGCCCGAGAUGGAGAACGUGGAGCGGCUGAAGGGAGAGAUAUCUGUGCUGAGAUCUAAGCUGGAAGCUGAGCGCGGUCGUAAUGGCGAGACGCAGCUGCAGCUGCAGGUGCUGCGCCUGCAGCUAGACCAGCGCACGCAGUGUGCCGCGCAGCUGCGAGCAGAACUCGCCGAUAUCAAAAGAUUAAAACACGACGCGGGCGUUGAAUUGGCGAGGACGAAAGAGCUGCUCAGUAUACAAAGCGCCACCAUCGCAGAACUGGAGAAGAAACUUUCAUCCGUGACGAGCAAGAAACAGACGCUCAACGACACAAUGGGCUCGGUGGACCAGCACACGAGCUUAGCGUCGCCGCGGCCGCCGGGAUUCGGGGCGCCCGACGAUAAGAACCAGGCGCUGCGGUACCUGCACGGGCGCUGCGUGCGGCUGGAGAGCUGGCGCAAGGCUUUGGUGUGGCAGAAGCGCUACCUGCAGCGCGUGCUGGCCGGCUACGCGCGCCUCGACCGCGCGCUGCAGCCGCCGCGCUCGCCGCAGCCCGCCGCCCGCCUCUUCAAGUGCGUGGGCAUGGCGGUGGUGGCAGUGGUGCGCAUGCGCUUCCUGGUGCGACGCCGCGAGCACACGCGCCGUGCUGCUGCCUUGCUCUGCACCGACCUCAACCACGACAACAACCUCACCAACACCGGACUCGCUGUCUCACGGAACGAUAUCACGUAA